AUGAUAAUCGAUGAAACUGAUCUUAAUGAAAUACUAAAUGAUAGUCAUGACCAGAACACUAAUACUACUAAUCAACUUGACUUACCAUUAAUCGAAUCUUGGAUUGAUUUUAGUGAAUGUGCUCUUCUUCAUCAAUCUUCUCAAUUCAUUCCAAAAUCAUCUAAUCAUCAUUCAACUACUACAACCAGUACUACCAACACAACACAAGAUCAUUCUACAAGUCCUUCAACUUCUUCUUCUGCUUCUUCUCUUACUUCUCCUUUUUGUGAUCAUUCUUCUUUUUUAACACUAUCUCCUCCUCCUGUUUCUCUUAAUGAUCCAUUACCGAUCACUAGAACAGAGUAUGGUUUAAUAGAUGAAUUUUGGUCACAGAUCUCAACUGGAGCUACAACAGAUCAAAGAACAUUAAGAACCUCAGAAAAUGAUGAUGAAUUAUUAAGAUUUGUUGUACAAGCAGAAGAAGAAGAAGAAGGUUUAAGAAGAAACCGAUCGAUUCAACCGAUCGAAACUAAACUUUCACAAUCUAGAAUCGAUCCUUUGUUACUUUCGAUUGAUGAAGUUCAUCCGAUUCCACUUGGAGACCAUCAUCCAUUCUGUUCAUCUUCAUCAUCAAACAUCAAAUUAGAUCAAGUCGAUAGUUUCUUAAAUAAGAUUGAUCCACUUCAAUACCAUCCCCAACCACAACCACAAAGUCAAAAUGAAUAUAUAGUAUAUGAAGGAUUCGAUAGGAUUCCAGAAACACAAUCACCGACUCAAUCGAUCAGCUCAUCAACCCAUUCAUCAAUCCCAACCCAACCAAACCCAACUUCAAAAGAAUCUAAUCAAAAUCAUGUUUCAAGAGGUGGGAAAAGGAAAGAUUUCUUGGAAAGAAACCGAUUGGCUGCUAGUCGUUCGAGAGCUAAACGUAAACAAACUGAAACCGGUUUGGAAAGUAAAGCUAGAGGUUUAGAGGAUCAGAAUGUUAAAUUGAGAAGUGUGGUUCAGGAAUUGGAAAUCGAGUUACGUCAACUUAAAGAAAUUUUGUUUGAUGUUCGAAUGAUUGGUUAA